AAAGGGAAUGCUUCUCCAUCCAUUUUGUUCAUUCGUUCAUUUUCUGAUUCUGAUUCUGAUUUGAUUUGAUUCAUUCUCGAGUGUGAGAGUCUUGUUAUUAACACUACCAUAACACAAACAAAACAAACCCGUUGCGCGUGGUUUUGCUUCUCUUCUUCUUCACUUUAAUGCUGGCAUCUUUAUAAUUACAGUUCUUUAUGUGAUAUUGGGAUAUGGAGAGGGUUGCAGAGCUGAAGGCACCUCCACGGACCUUGCCUACACUGGUGGAGGUAUCAAAUGCACACAUGGCUGCAGCAAAGGAGGCUGGUCAGAGACGAAAUGGGCCGGAGGUUGUAAGUGUUCGUGUGAACUAUGGAAGAGAAGUGAAUCAGUUGUCAAAAGCCAGGGAUAUGCCUGCUAUGCGUCUGGCUUCCAUCAGAGAAGUGGCUCAGUUGUCAAAUGCACGAUUCUUUUUGGAAAGAGAUGAUAUGGUAUUCGAAUCUCGGAGCUCUGAAGAAUCUCUCUGUUUUGCCCCGGCACCCCCUGGAAUGUGGAAAGGAAAGGCCUCUUUACUAGAACCAGAAGAACUGGUGCUUGAUUUUGACUCAUUGAAGAGAAGCAGUGAUUCAUUGGAGGACAGUGGUUCUAGUUCAUUUGCCGGUGCCAGUCAUCCCCCGGAACCUGUUGAUACAGAUCUUAUGAGAACGGUCUAUGUACCAAUAGGUCAAGGCAAAGCUGAGGCUAGAUGCUUAAUGAAGAGCAUGUCCAUGAAGGGUCCUUUCAUAGAAGAUCUCUCAAUUCAUGUUCCUGCAAAGAAACCAAGCCCAGCUGUUGUAUCCCCUGAAGAAAGUCUUGUUGAAGAAUUUAAUGACAUGAGACAUGUAUCCUCACCAAUUUGGGGUCCUCGAGAAUCACAGAAUACCGAGAACUCUAUACUCCCUGCAGAUUCUGAGGAAAAGGAAUGUGUUUGGGAUGCUUCUUUGCCUCCUAGUGGCAAUGUGAGUCCACUUAGCAGCAUUGAUAGCACCGGCAUUGUCAGAGCAAUGAGCAUCGUUAAUAGUUGUGCAAGUACAUAUCGGAGUGACGCAAUGACUAGUGAUGGCAUGCUUAGUUUAGACAGAAACUGUGAUAGUACUAAAGGGAGUAUAAGGGGGGAUUCACUGGAGAGUGCGAAAACUAGUGCUAGUCGGCCAAGUGAUAGCAGCGGCCUUAGUGAUGACAGCAACUGGAGCAACAUCACUGGUAGUGCCAAUAAGCCUCACAAAGGAAAUGAUCCUAGGUGGAAUGCUAUCCUUGCCAUCCGAUUAAGGGAUGGAAUUCUAGGCAUGAGUCACUUCAGGUUACUCAAACGACUUGGCUGCGGAGAUAUUGGAAGUGUGUAUCUCUCGGAGCUGAGUGGAACACGCUGUUAUUUUGCGAUGAAAGUUAUGGAUAAAGCGUCCCUAGCAGUCAGAAAGAAGCUCACUAGAGCACAGACAGAGAGGGAGAUACUGCAGUUGCUGGAUCAUCCAUUUCUACCAACUUUGUAUACACAUUUUGAGACUGACAGAUUCUCCUGUUUGGUGAUGGAAUACUGUCCUGGCGGUGAUUUACACACUUUAAGGCAGCGCCAACCUGGGAAACAUUUCUCAGAAUAUGCUGCACGCUUUUAUGCCGCGGAGGUGUUGCUUGCUCUUGAAUAUCUUCACAUGCUUGGAGUUGUAUAUAGGGACCUUAAACCUGAAAAUGUCUUGGUCCGGGAUGAUGGUCACAUAAUGCUAUCCGAUUUUGAUCUCUCCCUUAGAUGCACCUUUUCUCCAACUCUUAUUAGAACUUCUGAUGGUGAUCCUAAACGAGGUGGUGCAUUUUGUGUCCAACCUGUUUGUAUUGAACCAUCAUCAGCAUGCAUCCAACCUGCAUGUUUCAUUCCUAGACUCUUCCCUCAGAAAAACAAAAAGUCACGGAAACCCAGAGUCGAGCCUGGUUUGCCGUCCAGUACAAUGCCAGAGCUUGUAGCCGAGCCAACUCAAGCUCGGUCUAUGUCCUUUGUUGGGACCCACGAAUACCUUGCCCCCGAGAUCAUUAAAGGAGAAGGUCAUGGCAGUGCAGUUGAUUGGUGGACAUUUGGAAUAUUCUUGCAUGAGCUAUUAUAUGGCAAAACUCCUUUCAAAGGAUCAGGAAACAGAGCUACACUCUUCAAUGUAGUAGGCCAGCAGCUCAGGUUUCCCGAAUCGCCAGCAACUAGUUAUGCCAGCAGGGAUCUGAUCCGAGGAUUGCUGGUGAAGGAGCCGCAGAAUCGUCUUGGAGUUAAAAGAGGCGCAACCGAGAUCAAGCAGCACCCCUUCUUUGAAGGUGUGAACUGGGCAUUGAUUAGGUGCAGCACGCCGCCAGAAGUGCCAAGACCAGUGGAAACUGAGCCGCCACCGAAGUUUGCACCCAUUGAUAAUACUGCUGCUGCUGCUGCUGCUGCAGUUAGCAGCACUAGUAAGAGGAUGGUAGGAACUGAGAUGAGACCUGAGGGUAAAUUUCUGGACUUUGAGUUCUUUUAGUGUGGAUUCUUCAAUCUGCUUUUUAUUGUCAGCAUUAUAAGUUAUGUUCACCAGAGCUUCCUAGUGUUACCUUGUAAUUUGAGCUUACUUGCCUUAUGGUAAGAUUCCAUUUCAGUUGGAAAUAUGAUACCUCAAGUUUAGGGUAGGAUUGAUCUCCUUAUUUGAUACCUGAGUUCUUAUGGAUAAUCCAUAAUUUAGUGUUGCAAUACAGGAUUAAGUGCUCCUGAGGAAAAUCAUGAAUCCUAUUUUACUUAUUACAUUUUUGGUCACUCUUU